AGAGUUCCUUCUGACGCUUCUGUUUCUUCAAUCAGAGAGAGGUAGAGAGAGAAAGUAAGAGAGAGAAAGCUCAAUCUCAGCCAUGGCGGUGUCCACGUGUCCCAAGGUCUUCACCUCCUUCGAGUGCCGUUCAGAUCCUGACUUCUCCGGCCAUCCGCGCCACGAUAAAACAGAUCCGGGACGGUCGUUCCCGCGGGUCUCAUCGGCGCGUCUCGGGGGGGCGGCGGCGGCUUCCUCUCGCGGCCUGUCUUCUCGGAUACUCAGGUUCCCGCCGAACUUCGUGCGGCAGCUGAGCAUCAAGGCGCGGAGGAACUGCAGCAACAUCGGAGUCGCGCAGAUCGUGGCGGCUUCGUGGGCGAACAACUCCGGCUCCGGUAUUCCGGCGGUGUCGGCGGGGUCCCCCCGUUCUACCGCCGUCGAUACCGCCGCCACCGCCGCCAUCCCGGACGUGUCCGGUGAUGAGGUGGUGGUGCCUGGAAAUGGGCGUUUGCAGGUCGAGGGCUUGCCUGCUUCGAAGGAGGCCUUGUUCUUGAGCUCUGAUGGGAGCCUUUCUAUUCAUGCUGGUGAGCGAUUGGGUCGCGGCAUAGUUACUGAUGCAAUUACUACCCCGGUGGUCAACACUUCUGCUUAUUUCUUUAAGAAGACUAUCGACCUCAUCGAUUUUAAGGAGAAACGCGCGACAAGUUUUGAAUAUGGACGCUAUGGAAAUCCCACUACGGUGGUUGCAGAGGAGAAGAUAAGUGCUCUUGAGGGAGCUGAAUCAACCCUGAUAGUGGCGUCUGGAAUGUGCGCUAGCACAAUCAUGUUCAUGGCAUUGGUCCCUGCUGGUGGGCAUAUUGUGACGACCACUGAUUGUUAUAGGAAGACCAGGAUUUUCAUUGAGACAAUUCUACCCAAGAUGGGGAUCACGUCCACGGUUAUUGAUCCAGCAGAUGUUCGAGCUUUGGAGGAUGCAUUGAAUAAGAACAAAGUUUCUUUAUUCUUCACCGAGUCUCCUACCAAUCCGUUCCUUAGAUGUGUGGAUAUUAAGCUUGUUUCUAAGCUCUGCCAUAGCAAAGGAGCAUUGGUCUGUAUAGAUGGUACAUUUGCCACACCUCUGAACCAGAAGGCUCUUGCUCUUGGGGCUGAUCUUAUCCUGCACUCUGCCACAAAAUAUAUUGGGGGCCACAAUGAUGUCCUUGCUGGAUGCAUUAGUGGUCCAUUGAAGUUGGUGUCAGAAAUUCGUAAUUUGCAUCAUAUCAUGGGUGGUGCUCUCAACCCGAAUGCUGCAUACUUGAUCAUCCGAGGCAUGAAGACACUGCAUCUUCGUGUACAGCAACAGAGCACUACAGCGUCAAGGAUGGCCGAAGUUUUAGAGGCACAUCCUAAGGUGGAGCGCGUCUAUUAUCCUGGCUUGUCAAGUCAUCCUGAACACGAACUUGCCAAGAGGCAAAUGACUGGUUUUGGUGGUGUCGUCAGUUUUGAGAUUAAAGGCGACUUAGAUACCACCAUAAAGUUUGUUGAUUCACUGAAGAUCCCAUACAUUGCCCCAUCUUUUGGUGGCUGUGAGAGCAUUGUGGAUCAGCCAGCAAUUAUGUCUUACUGGGAUCUGAGCCAGGCAGACAGGCUUAAGUAUGGGAUCAAGGAUAACUUGGUGAGAUUCAGCUUUGGAGUCGAAGACUUCAAAGACCUGAAGGCUGAUAUACUUCAGGCUCUGGAUGCUAUAUGAACACUCGAAGACUGAGUUACUUCAGACUUUGGUGAUCAUCUUGGACGUGUCUCUUACCUUCGUUUUUUUCUUUCUUUUCUUGUUUCUGUGUUUCUAUUUAAACAGAAUAAUCCAAACUCGCUUUAGUAUGCUUUUUCCCAAUCUUGUUUCCGGCCCUAUUUUCCAUGAUGGUCCUUCAUGUCUUCCACCGAUGGAGAGGGGAUAUUACGUUGGGAAAACGAACAUUGUUACUCAUGACUGAAUUAUUUUGCCAUUUUUGUUUAGAAAGGCAUCAAUUAUCUUGUCUUGCAAUGAAUGAAGAGGUUUUAUAAUUUUCUCU